UGUCUAGAGAACCCACAGUUAUCUCCUGUCCACUCAUCCCCUAGGUUGAGGCUCCUGACCGACUCAAGGACACCAGUAUCUUGCUGCCCCAGAAAGGUUGGAGAUGGCAGUUUGCCGAAACUCCUUCCCACCCACAUGUCUGCUCACCCUCAUUCUGCUCUGGCUACCCACACUGGAUUCAGCUCACCUUGAGGUGAUUGGACCUCCGGAGCCCAUCUUGGCCAUAGUGGGGGAAGACGCUGAGCUGCCCUGUCACCUCUCCUCAAACGUGAGUGCUGAGCACAUGGAGCUGCGGUGGUUCCGGAAGAAGGUCUCGCCCGCGGUGUUCGUGCAGCGGGACGGGCGGGAGCAGGAGGGAGAGCAGAUGGCCGAGUACCGGGGGCGAGCGACGCUGGUGGGGACCAACAUCACCGCGGGGCGCGUCGCUGUGAAGAUACACCGGGUCAAGGCCUCUGACGACGGGGAGUACCGAUGCUUUUUCAGGCAGGAAGAAAGCUACAAGGAGGCCAUUGUGCAACUGAAGGUGGCUGCUCUGGGCUCUGAUCCUUACAUCCAUAUGGAAGUUCAAGACAGUGGAGAGAUCCGGCUGGAGUGCACCUCAGUGGGAUGGUACCCAGAGCCCCAGGUACAGUGGAGAACUCCCAAGGGAGAGACGUUUCCAUCCAUGUCAGAGUCCAGGAAUCUUGAUGAAGAAGGCUUGUUCACUGUGGCAGCUUCAGUGGUCCUCAGGGACACCUCCACGAAGAAUGUGUCCUGCUGUAUCCAGAACCUCCUUCUUGGCCAGGAAAAGGAAGUAGAGAUUUCCAUACCAGCUCCCUUCUUCCCAAGAAUGACUCUCUGGAUGGUGGCUGUGGCUGUCAUCUUGAUAGUCCUAGGACUUCUCACAACUGGGUCCAUAUUUUUCACUUGGAGACUAUACAAGGAAAGAUCCAGACAGAGGAAGCAUGAAUUCAGCUCUAAAGAGAAACUCCUGGAAGAACUCAAGUGGAAAAUGGCUACAUUGCAUGCAGUUGAUGUGACUCUGGAUCCAGACACCGCCCACCCCCACCUCUUUCUGUACGAGGAUUCAAAAUCUGUCCGACUGGAAGAUUCACGUCAGAAACUGCCUGAGAAACCAGAGAGAUUUGACUCCUGGCCUUGCGUGUUGGGUCGUGAGGCCUUCAGCUCAGGAAGACAUUACUGGGAGGUGGAGGUGGGAGACAGGACUGACUGGGCAAUUGGGGUGUGUAGGGAGAAUGUGAUUAAGAAAGGAUUUGACCCCAUGACUCCUGAGAAUGGGUUCUGGGCUGUGGAGUUGUACGGAAAUGGGUACUGGGCCCUCACCCCACUCCGGACCCCUCUCCCACUGGCAGGACCCCCUCACCGGGUUGGGAUUUUCCUGGACUAUGAAUCAGGAGACGUCUCCUUCUACAACAUGACUGAUGGAUCCCAUAUCUAUACUUUCCUCAGCACCUCUUUCUCUGGCCCCCUCCGGCCCUUCUUCUGCCUGUGGUCCAGUGGUAAAAAGCCCCUGACCAUCUGCCCAAUCACUGAUGGGCCUGAGGGAGUCAUAGUAGUUGCUGAUGCCAAGGACCUUUCUAAGGAGAUCCCAUUGUCCCCCAUGGGGGAGGACUCUGCCUCUGGGGAUACAGAUACCCUCCAUUCUAAACUAAUCCCUACCCAGCCCAGCCAAGGGACACCUUAAGGAAUAUCCCAACUUAACUGUUUUCCUUUGCUCAAACCCCUCUCCUCCAUCACUCCCUGAGGCUUCAGCUGCCAGCUUCACCCAGCCCCUGUUUCUUCCUGUUGGGUAGGGAUUAAUUAGUCUUGGGAAGGUUGUGUGGCUGCUGCUGGAGAGUGUUGGUAUAGGACCUUCCUAAUCUGUUUCUGUACCAAAAUUCAGGGGGCACAGAGGUGACUUAAACUGCUUCUGGUGUUCUCCUAUCCCUUGAGGCUAAAUCCUAUAGAAAAGGACUUGAAGAAAACUCAAAGGACAGCUCAGAGACCAAGAUGGGGUUAGGUUGGCAUGUGGUCAUGACAGAAACAUCUUGAUGUCUAGCAUAGGAGUAUGUAGAGGAAGGGGUUUUAGGCAAACAGAAAACCCAAAGGUUUCUGGAAAGGGAAGAUCCAAGGCUGAAAUCCCAUAAAGGAACUUGGAGGGGACACCAUGACAGAGGAAAGUGAGGUGAACCCAGGCCAGUGAUGGACACCUGGCCUGCCCCUAGAGUUUUAGAGCCUAUAUCUCAAAUUUUCAAAGUCAUGUCCUACAGAGUAGAGGGGACUGGCCCUACUUCUGUGAGAUCUGAACAAUUGGCAAAGAGGAGUAGAGAAGAACUGAAAGGAGCAGGGGAAGGGGGUCAGACAGAGGUGUGAUGAAGGAGAGAAUUUUAACGAAACUCAAAGUUUAUGUGCACAGCCAUGCCUCAGGCUCUGUUUCCGUCUCUGCACCCUCUUGCUUCUCCCUUGCCUGGGGGUCAUUCCAACCUCACUUUGUGGACUCCACAAGUUUCAAGUUCUCUUCUUCCUUUGGAUCUACAAUCUCUCCAUUUCAAAGGCAUUUCCAGGAAUCAUCCUUCAGAGAUAUCACCACUUUAUCAGCCACUGUCUCAGCCUCAUGCCCCCUCAAGCUCUCAUCGCAACGUCCAGUUUAAACCCCUCAAACCUACUUUCAGUUAGCUUCAACUGACAUCCCUUUUCACAUCAUGUCACCAUUCACCCUCUCCCCACUCAGCUUUCCUAUGUGCUGCUCUCCCCAGGGUCUCCUGAAUGUUGCGUCGUUGUGCUCAGUGCAGCUAGAUGGAUUGCACCUGUUUGUAUUUGCCUCUGUUUGUAUUUGCAUUUUCCUAUAUACAUGUGGCUUGUCUCACCAAUGGACUGCAAAUUUAUCCAGGCUCACACCUUCCAUUUCCCUUGUAUUUUUCCAGUUUCCAGGGUAGACGUCACCCAUGGUCUUAACCUAAUAAAUAAGUCUGUCUGAUUGCUGAAAGCUGCAUCUGCACCUUCCGUUCUUUGUCC